GAGGAUUGUAAAGUAAUAUGACAUGACUUAACGGCUUUACUGUUCGGAUUUCUGGCGUAUGGGGUGCGGGAGCAGGAAGUAUCUACCGUCCAGAGUAAGCGGGGAGAAGAGCGGAGUCCGAAGCAAAAGGCGGAGGAUUGGGGCUCAAGUCAUGUGAUCUGGGGGGAUCUUCCACUUACAACAAACAAUAUUCACAUAACAGGACUGAGAGUUCUUCCAUUACUCAAAUAGAUAGAUUUUCUAUCUGAGGACAUGUUAAUUUAAUCUUAUGUCCAUCCGAUCGUCUUCACAAUGUCACGCCCAACCCUCUCCUACGGCCUCAACCUCCCAAACAAGAAGCGUCAAGGACUCCCGCUCCCCAACACCAACAACCCGCAGAAGCGCAAGAGGACGAUCUUCGACUCAGAUUCCGAAGACGACAGCGCUCAAAAAGAAGGCGAUGGCUCCGUAGAAAUCUCCACCAUAGGCGGUCUUGACGACGACGACCACAACAACAGCACCACCACCAGAAACACUGACGACGAAGGCAGGCAUUCCUCAAAAAAGCCCGCCACCUCCAAGCUGAAAAACCCACCUCCCCAAACAAACCACUACACAAACCUCUCCAGCCUCCACAGCAGCAGAAAACACGCCCAAACCGCCGAGGCCCUCGACUCAUCCAUCUAUGACUACGAUGCCGUCUACGACUCCCUCCACGCCAAACCUCCAUCCACCUCCUCGUCUGCCGCCGCCAACGAAGCCUCAACACCCAAAUACAUGACUGCCCUCCUCCGCAGUGCAGAGAUUCGCAAGCGCGACCAAUUGCGCGCGCGCGAUAAACAACUCCAGCGCGAACGCGAGGCAGAAGGCGAGGAGUAUGCUGAUAAGGAAAAGUUUGUGACCGCGGCGUACAAGGCGCAGCAGGAGGAGGCGCGGAGGAUAGAGGCGGAGGAGGCGGAGAGGGAGAGGGAGGAAGAGGAGAGGCGGAAGAAGGGGGGUGGGAUGGUGGGAUUCUAUAAGAGUAUGCUUGAGCGCGGCGCAAAGCGGCAUGAGGAGGUGGUUAGGGCGGCGGAGGAAGCUGUGCGGAGUCGUCCGGCGGAGGACGGGGUGGAUAAGGCGAAAUUGCAGGAAGAGAAGGAAGAAAUGGAAGCGGGCGAGAAGAGCGAGGCACAGAUUGCUGCGGAGUUGAAUGCGCGCGGCGCGAAUAUUAUUCUUAAUGACGAGGGGCAGGUUGUUGAUAAGCGACAGCUGCUUACGGCUGGGUUGAACGUCGCGCAGAAACCUAGUAAAGCGAAGGCGGCGCCCGCUGCGGGGGCGGAGAAGGCGGCUGGUUCCGCUGGGUGGGGUGGAGAGGCGAGAUGGAGGGGUGUGGAUGUUGCUGGUUCUGGUCGUGCGGCCCAGCGGGCGCGGCAGACGGAGAUGCUGGCGGCACAGUUAGAGGAGAGGAUGCGGAAGGAAGAGGAGGAGAAGGAGGCGAAGGCUAAGGAGUUGGCGGCGAAGAUUAAGAGUUCGAAGACGGCGAGUGAUGUACAGAGUGCGCGGGAACGGUAUCUUGCGAGAAAGAGGGAGAAGGAGCAGCUGGCGGAGAAAGAGAAAAAGGAGUCGUAGAAGAAAUAGAUUGGUGUUUUGGUGGAUGGGAGUAUUGGGAGUAUUGGGGAUUCGUUUCUUGUUCAUUAAUGGCAGCGAGAUUGGGAUUCCGCGUUUGCUAUGUACACAUAUAUGGCACUUUUUAAAACUGGCCGUAUCAUUAACGGCGGCCACUGGAAAACGGCUGGGUUCAUUUCUCACUACUGAGUCUUAACAUGAUGCAUAUUGUGAUUAUCCAUUUAGAGAUAUAUAAACUAUAUCCUAGCUAAUCUAAUCUAAUCUAUCCAACUCCAUGCAUCCUUAUUUGAGAACAGAAAACCCGAAGGAAAGUUUCGACAGGAAGAACGAAAAUAUAUAAAUAUAAAGAUAAGGAGCACAAAAGCGCCGCUGGACGUAAUCUGAGAAUGCCUGCUCACCAA